GUGCAAUUAUCUAUAUAAAGAAGGAAUUCGAAUGGGAAAAUGAGCCGACAAUGGAAGGGCUAAGUGUGGCCAUGUCACUAAUAGGAGCCACCUUAAUCACGUUGUGCUCUGGCGGAAUAUCAGACUGGCUGGGCCGUCGUCCAAUGUUGAUUGUGUCGUCUAUGUUUUAUUUUGUGAGCGGUGUUCUAAUGCUAUGGUCUCCAAACGUAUAUUCGCUGCUUUGUGCGAGGCUGUUGGAUGGAUUUGGAAUAGGGUUGGCAGUUACAUUUGUUCCGUUAUAUAUAUCUGAGAUGUCACCGCCGGAGAUAAGAGGUGUGCUGAGCACUCUGUCUCAGUUCACCUACUCAAGCGGGAUAUUCUUGUCUUAUAGCUUUGUGUUCUGUAUGUCAUUGACGGAAUCUUCCAGCUGGAGAUUGAUGCUCGGUGUUCUAUUUGCCCCAUCACUUAUUUACUUUGCAUUAACCCUAUUUUACUUGCCCGAGUCUCCGAGAUGGCUUAUGAGUAAAGGGAGGGUGCUUGAGGCCAGGCAGGUUCUGCAGAGACUUCGUGGGACCCAAGAUGUCUCAAGUCAGCUCACUUCUUCUUCUUCUUCUUAUUAUGAUCGAUCGAUCAUAUGUGAACUGGCAUUGCUAGUUGAAGGACUAGAAGUUGGGCAUGAAACAGCCGUCGAGGAGUACGUGAUCGGCCCUCCAAACGAAGUGGUGGACGAAGAGAAACAGAGUAACGAAAAGGAGGAAAUUAAAGUGUUGAUGGCAGAAGGAAUCUCCUCAAUGGUUGCCCUACGCCUCCCACCUGGAAACACUAGUUUUCUUUCGGCAGCAUCUCUGAGCAAGCAGACUAGUGUUCUCUCCAUAGACCCCGUUGUCUCACUUUUCGACACCUUGCACGACAAGUCUGAUGACAAAUUAGGAACCACAAGCAACAGCGUGUUCGCCACAUCAUCAUAUAAUGAACACCAACAACCACGGCAGCAUGCAGAUAACGAAGGAGGAUACACAUCAGAUGAUCUACGCAGUCCUCUAAUAUCACGUCAGACUACCGGCCAGGGUAACACAAUGAUGACGUCGUCACUUUCGGGUGGAAGUAGCUUCAAGACUACAAGCCAAUGCGAUCAUCAUCAAAGCACACCAGCUAGCAUUGGCGGUGGCUGGCAGCUGGCCUGGAAAUGGAAGGAGGCCGGAGAAGGCUCAUCAUCGUCAGCAGAUCAUAACAAUAAUAAUAAUAAUAAUAAUAAUAAUAAUGGAGAUUUAAAAAGGGUUUAUUUGCAUAAAGAUGGAGAUGGAGAUCAAAAUAGUCAUAAUCAUGAGUUGGUUAAAGCAGGAGCUCUGGUGAGUCAAUCUGCAUUAUCAUCAUGUACAGCGAAACUACUAACGGAUGAUCACCACCCAGCACUUGGGGCAGCAGCCAUGAUUCACCCUUGUGCAGCUGCUGUUACUAAAGGCCCUAACUGGAAGGAUCUAUUCGAACCCGGUGUCAAACAUGCCUUGAUUGUAGGCAUGGGCAUCCAGAUGGUUCAGCAGUUCCUGGGCAUAAAUGCGGUUCUGUAUUACACACCACAAAUACUGGAGCAAGCAGGGGUUCAAGUGCUAUUAGCCGACAUGGGAAUAAGCUCAACAUCUUCGUCUCUGCUUAUCAGCGCUGUCAUGACAUUGUUGAUGCUCCCUUGCGUUGUUAUUGCCAUGCGCCUUAUGGAUGUUUCCGGUCGAAGGUAUUAUUUCAUUUUAUGUUCAUUGAGUUUGCUGCUGAACACGAAUCCAGUGCUGACAGUGAGCCUGGUGAUUCUAGUGAUGACAAGAUAUAUUGAGGUGGGGAGCAAUAUUGGGAAAGCGGCUGUUUCAACAGUGAGUGUGAUUACGUACAGCUGUUUCUUUGCGAUGGGGUUCGGUCCCAUUCCAAACAUUCUGUGUGCAGAGAUAUUUCCAACAAGAGUACGUGGGGUAUGCAUAGGAAUAUGCGGAAUCACAUUUUGGAUAUGCAAUAUUAUGAUUACGUACAGUUUGCCAAUGAUGCUGUCAUGGAUAGGGCUGGGUGGUGUAUUCAGCAUAUUUGCGGUGGCGAGCUUAGUUUCAUGGGGAUUCGUAUACUUAAAGGUUCCGGAAACCAAAGGGAUGCCUCUUGAGGUCAUCACUGAGUUCUUCUCCCUAGGUGCUAAGCCAGCAGCAGCCCCCCCAAAUUCUUAA